AUGCUGUACCCGACAGCCAGUGAAGACCCCUGUGAGGAGCUGUUACCUUGGGAACCACAAGAUGAUCUGGAGUUUGAUGAUGACUUUGUGCUGAGCAAGCAGCCAAGAUCACUAGUGGCUGACGUCAUGACCAGUGCUGCACAGGAGUCCUCCAAGCUGAAGUUUACGAAGCAAGGUGUGCCUUGUGAUGACAGUGAUUCUGACCUAGAGGACUUCCACCACAUACUAGACCAGUCAGAGUUCACACUGAAGCUGUCUGAUCAGUCCCUGAGGAAGAAAAGAAAGAACCCAAUGGGGACAGGAUUACACCCAAACCCAGCCAAAUAUGACGAGAUUAUUGUGACGUAUGAGACCAACAAGCGCUGCCUGGAGAGCAUCUGCCAGCACCUCAACUCUGAUGAUGUCACCGAGCAAGACCUCCUCAGGGUUAAGGGACUGAUGAAUCAGUGGGAGAAACUACACAACCUGGCUUUGGAACGACACAAGCAGGCCAAGUUUUUCCAUUCUGUCAACGAGGUCAUGUUUGGUGCACAGGCUGUGAUCCGGGAAGCUGAGAGUUGUCUUCCUUAUGACAGAUUUAGCUCAGCCGAGCAGCUGAAGCAGCUUGUCUGCUUUCUGGAGGAAAAACUAAGAGUUCUGGGGCAGCAAGGGAAUCAAUUGGAAGAGGUGAAACAGCAGCUGAAAGAGUUUUCUGUCCAGUAUCCCACUGUUUAUGUGGACAAGUACAUGCAAGAGUUGACCAGUCUUCACAAGUCAUCAACUACCAUGGCUAACAAAGUGUCAGAGCACUUGAAGCAUCUUGGUGACAACCAAGCUGCCUGGUUGGAGUUUCUAGCUCGCCAGCAGGAGCUGGAUGCCUUCCUGGUCACCGACAGGGAGAGGUUGCACAAGUUGCUCUGCCAGCAGGAGUUUGGUGUACGUGUUACCAAGAAAGAUGUCUUAAAAGAGCUGGAGACGUUGCAAGAGAACCUGUCCCUGUAUGAGUCCAGACUGUCAGCACUGCAGUCCAUGUGGGCAUCUCUGACCAAGACCUCAGACCACGCAGCCCAGCAGCAGCUACUAGCCUCUGUGGCUGACCUGCGUAACCAGCUCUUUGUGGUGUCUGAGCGGUGCCGUGAGAUCUACUAUGACAUGGAAGAUGAUGAGACCAUCCCGCUGGACCAGCAGACAGAUCUCAACCAGCUGGCUGUCACUGCUGCAGCUCUGGUCUUCAAGAAUCCAAAGUCACAGAAGUCUUCUACAGCAAGCUGUCCAGCUGCAUCCCAUGUCGGCACCGGCAUCACCCGCAGCUGUGCCUCCUGGCUGCGCUCUCUCCCUGUCCAGGUAGUGGCUCUGAUGCUGGUCACGGGCUUGGUCUGUGCCCUGGACCCCGACAUCCUCAAGCGCCUGACCAACUUCUCACUGACCAUCAGCCCUGAGCUGUGUUACGUCAAUGGACCACCUACCAUAUGA